AUGAGGAACCACACCAUCACGACUUUCAUCUUACUGGGACUGACAGAUGACCAGCAGCUGCAGGUUCUUGUCUUUAUCUUUCUCUUCUUUACCUACUCACUGAGCAUAACUGGAAAUCUGACCAUCGUUUCCCUCAUCUUAGUGGACCCUCACCUUAAAACAGCCAUGUACUAUUUCCUGAGAAGCUUUGCUCUCUUGGAGAUCUCAUUCACAUCUGCAAGCAUCCCCAGAUACUUGUAUAGCAUAGCAACAGGUGACAAAAUUAUUACCUAUAAUGCCUGUGUCGGCCAAGUAUUUUUCACGGACCUCUUUGGUGUGACUGAAUUUUUUCUUCUAGCUGCCAUGUCCUAUGACCGCUACGCGGCCAUCUGCAGGCCACUGCACUAUGUGACUAUCAUGAACCCCACAGUCUGCAGGAGUCUUGUAUUCUGUUCUUGGGUAGCUGGCUUAUUUAUUUUAAUCCCUCCACUUAGCCUCGGCCUAAAGCUAGAGUUCUGUGAUUCUAAUAUCAUUGAUCAUUUCAUCUGUGACGCUUUCCCUCUCCUCAAAAUCGCGUGUUCAGACACAUGGUCCAUGGAGCAGACAGUCCUCAUCUGUGCUGUGUUGACUCUCAUUAUAACACUGCUGUGUGUGGUUCUCUCCUACGUUUAUAUUAUCAAGACAGUUCUUAGAUUCCCUUCUGCCCAACAAAAGAGAAAAGCCUUCUCUACCUGCUCUUCCCACAUGAUUGUGGUUUCCAUCACCUACGGCAGCUGCAUCUUCAUCUACGUCAAGCCUUCGGCUAAGAAGGAGGUGGCCAUUAACAAGGGUGUGACAGUUCUCACUACUUCCAUUGCCCCUAUGCUGAACCCUUUCAUCUACACACUUAGGAACAAGCAAGUCAAGCAAGCCUUCUGGGACUCAAUAAAAAAAAUAGUAAUAUUUCCCAAGAAAUAA